UAUGCCAAACAGAACAAUUGCAGUUAUUAACGCCGCUUAGCUUGUCUGUUAAUAACUACUAUACAUUUAACGGAAUAGGCACCCAAACAAAACGGAAAGAAGAAAUGGUGACCGUCGAGGAGGUCAGGAAGGCGCAACGUGCGGAGGGUCCGGCGACCAUUCUGGCCAUCGGAACCGCCACGCCGGCCAACUGCGUCAACCAAAGCACCUACCCCGACUACUAUUUUCGUAUCACUAAUAGCGAGCAUAAAACCGAGCUCAAAGAGAAAUUUCAGCGCAUGUGUGACAAAUCAAUGAUCACGAAGAGAUACAUGCACUUAACCGAGGAAAUAUUGAAGGAAAACCCAAGCUUUUGUGAAUACAUGGCGCCUUCUUUGGAUGCCCGGCAAGACAUUGCGGUGGUGGAGGUGCCGAAGCUUGGGAAAGAAGCCGCCCAGAGCGCCAUCAAGGAGUGGGGCCAACCAAAGUCCAAGAUCACCCACGUGGUCUUCUGCACCACCAGCGGCGUGGACAUGCCGGGCGCGGACUACCAGCUCACCAAGCUGCUCGGCCUCCGCCCUUCCGUGAAGCGCCUCAUGAUGUACCAGCAGGGCUGCUUCGCUGGCGGCACCGUCCUCCGCCUCGCCAAGGACCUAGCCGAGAACAACAAGGGCGCCCGCGUGCUAAUCGUCUGCUCGGAGAUCACCGUCGUGACUUUCCGCGGGCCGAGCGAGACGCACUUGGAUAGCCUGGUCGGCCAGGCACUGUUCGGGGACGGAGCGGCCGCGGUUAUAGUCGGGGCCGACCCGACCCCGGCCGAGAAGCCGCUGUUCCAGCUCGUCUCAGCCGCGCAGACCUUGGCGCCCGAUAGCUGCGGCGCGAUCGACGGGCAUUUACGAGAAGUGGGGCUCACGUUCCAUUUACUCAAGGACGUCCCCUCCGUGGUCUCGAACAACAUCGAGAAGUGCUUGCUCGAGGCGUUCAAUCCUCUCGGCAUUUCCGACUGGAACUCUAUUUUCUGGAUUGCCCACCCGGGCGGGCCGGCGAUUCUGGACCAAGUGGAGGACAAGUUGGGGCUAAAACCCGAAAAACUCCGAGCCACACGACACGUGCUGAGCGAGUACGGGAACAUGUCGAGCGCGUGUGUUUUGUUCAUUCUGGAUGAGAUGCGGAAAGCCUCGUCUAAUGAUGGGCUUGGGACCACUGGUGAAGGGCUCGAGUGGGGUGUGCUGUUUGGGUUUGGGCCUGGGCUUACAAUCGAGACUGUGGUCCUCCAUAGCGUCCCAACUUAAGCCCGGCCCAAACUGAAUCUUUUUUUUUUUUGGAAUAAGCCCAACUUGAAUAUGUUCUCUACCAUUUAUCGUUGCAUUGUGUUAUUAUUCUUAUAAAGUUUCGAACUUGUAUUAAUAUUGGUUUAUAUUUUAUAAACCACCUAUUGUAUGUUUGGUUUGUGUCAAUAUGUAUUUCUAUUCAAAAUCAUAAACAACUUCUUUUUUUUUUUUCUUC